CACUGAUGCAGCAACCUAUCGCAAUUCCGACGCGUCUUCCGUGUCAACUGCGAGUGAUGCGUGUUCGAGCAGUCAUCGGUCAACCAGUAGCAGCACUUCUUCCUCCUCGUCGGCAGCAUUUCAGUUUCACUGUGAAGAGGACCGGGCCCACCUCGAGAGCACUGGAACUACGAUGGCGACUGGCAGGAGGAGUAUAGAAUCAGCUGUACUACCGGAGCAGUUUCGGACAAGUGUGUAUCUGCCACCGGUGGUCGGGACAACCACAGCGUCAAGCAGUGCCAUGAAAGGCAGCUGCGACGACGAUGUAUCAGUUCGGGACAGCAGUUACACGAGGGCCUACUCCACUACAAGCACUACUGCAGAUGCACGCCACACUUGCAGCAACUCGUGGACGGUGACUCCCGCGGACAAAGCCGCUGUCUUACAGGGAGAUGCGUCGCUUUGCACUGCGAAACGCAGCAGCUGUUUUUCAUCUUCUUCCACCGCUAGCAGCAGUGCGUGCGGCGCUCUGGGAGCAGGUCGGGAAACGAC